UUUGGGGCAGUCAUCUAAGAUUCUUUCUACUCAUCUGUGGUUCAGUUCCGCACUGGGACGGUCAAUGAAAGAAUAAUUCUCAUUUUUUCUUCGCGCUGGAAAAAUCGUUUGCAUUCUUUUUUCCAGUCAAUAAAACAGAAAUGAUCAUUUUUUAACUGUCAAAAUAUAAUCCAAACUUUUUUUUUAAAAAAUUCCAUAUUAGCACAAACUUGCAUAGCAUUAAUUUUUAUUAAAAGUGUCAAAUAUACGCUAUCGUCUUGUCAAAUAAGCAAUUUGCGGUUGUCUGAGUAUUUUGCCGAUGCUCGCAAGCUGUGAAAUUCUUCGCUUUUGUUGGAAUUUACGGAACGUUGUGUUCUUUUUUUCUGAAGCAAAAUGAUAACUCAUAAGAUUCAUGUGAAUAUGUCACGUGAAAUAUAUGGAUGUUGGUUGAUAGUACUAUUUAUUGGAUCCUUACAUGUUUGCAGCGGAGUAAGAGGAAGAGUUAGGAUGCAUGCGUCCAAGGGAUGUGAGUUUCCAGCAAAGUGGACAGGAACUUGGUUCCAGAAAGGAGUCCAUCCUCCAAUUAAGAUACAAAAAGACAUAUUUUCUUUCAAAGGGAAGUGUUUAGCUUCAGAUAGUCAUAUGUUCUAUAUUGAAGACUCGAAGGAAAAGUGUUUCAGAUGUGUUGUGAUAUAUGAAAAACAUCCUAACGUCUUACAGUACAGAGAAACAUAUUGUGAUGUGUAUAGAUCUCUGAAUCAGGCAUGUUCUAUUUUAAACGCAGAUGCUCCUCUUUAUUCUUUAUUCCGAGUCGAUGCUGAUCCUGUGUCAUGUGAGUUGCGGGGACCUUUUACUUUUACCUAUAGCAGGGGACACGGUGAAUGCCAAUAUCCGUUAUCAACAAUUGACUCCUGUACAGAUGAUUCUCAUCUUCUCUUCAGGUUUCAAGCAUGCGCAGAUGUACUCGGAACUGAAAGCAGUGUGGAAGAAUUGACGUGUACAGCAGUGUGGAAAGAAGGCUCAGCACAUUAUUUAGUCGGGAAAAUAUCGACGAGGAAAAGCUAUAAACAGUCUUUUACUGAUGAAAAUGCAUACAGAUGUUUUGUGUUCGAUUACCUAACUGAAAAAGGAGUUAUUCAGAUGUCGCAGUCAGCUGACGCAACAUGUGACGGCCUUGUCUCGCCAUGGGAGGGUUCUCGCACUAUGCGGCUUACCAAGAGUAAACAUCCAAUAAGUGGAUGUCAAUUUCCAUCUUGGGUAACAUCCAAUCACAAAUGGCACACAUUGGAUGGAAAAACAACCUAUACAUUUGGACAUAAAAAUAAUUCAUUUAAAAUCUCCAACUCGAAGCAAGAUCAAGAAGACACCAAGUUUAUAUGCAUAGAGCACGUUUCGAACACAGCUAAUUCCACUACUCUUGUUGGAUACAGCUCUUCCGGAUGUAAAAAUGGAUAUGUUUGCAUGACAUUUUUCCGAAGACACAAGCAUAUCAUUGAAAUCCAAUUCGGUGAAUUGGGAAGAAGUACGCAGGAAGCUUGUUACUCGGUGUUUUCCUCAACUACAAGUCAGGAUUUUGUAACUCUAGUUGGUCGAACAGUUCCCACAUCUGGUUGUCCCCAACUAAUAGAGACGAGUGAAAUCAGAGUGCAUGUGGUACACGAAGCCUCAGCAUCUUUCAAACCAGAUUUUUGCAGAGACCAUGCAAUAAAAAUAGCUGGUUGCCGAUCCCAGAAUAGGUUAGAGUUCUUCAUUAGCUGUGCAUCAUUUACCGAUGUUAAAAGUUUCCACUGUCAUGGCUCUUGGGAAGAAAAUGGAAGGAACUAUCUUGUAACUGGAUUACGGAACAGCGGAUAUAAAUACUGCUUUGUAUACUGGAACAAAGAUAAAACAGCGCAUUUGUCAGGAGUUCAUGAUACUUGCCGCAGAAGCAUCGAACAGACAUUCACUGAGAAUCUAUCUUUUAACAUAUCAUCAACAGGUAUUUGUGACAGUCUUCUUAGCAGUCAACCUGUCUUAGUGACGUCAUUAUCGACUAUGAUGACGUGUCUUCUCGCUAUUGCCAUUGUAUUUUGUAGACCAAUCAGGUGAUAAUUGCCUAGGAACGAAAAUGAUUUAUGAUUCGUCAGUGCCUGGAUGGAAAUAGAUGAGAUAUUGAAUCUUUGUGGACCAGGCCUACUCUCUAAAGAUGCGUUAACUUGCAUUCGUGAUGUUCAUUCUAGUCCGCUUUCUUACCAGUUGAUUGCGAAGCCGUCCGUCAUCCUCUGAGGAAGUAUCAGUGUGAUUUUAAGCGUUUAAAUAACUAGUAAGGCAUGCGCUAUGCAGAAUUAAGAUAGCAAUGGAGAACUAGUUGUGAUUGUGUAUAUAUAGAAAGUAGUGUAUUAAGGUGAAAAACAUUGAUGAAGAAUUGGCUAUUUGGUAAAAUAUUUAUAAAAAAUAAAAAUAAAAAUUAUAUUCAAAAUAUAUUUUUGUUUUUACCUUUUAGAAUGAGUUUAGGUGUUACUUCAUACAAAUAAUGAAAUGAUUUUGAAUUUACAAAUGCAAUUUGAAAAUCCAACUAACAUAUAUACUUACCGAUUAAAAACCUAAUUUUUUCAAUCUGAAUGAAACUUAGAAAUUAUUUUCAAUAAUUGUUUCAUAAUAUAAUAAGUAAUAAAUCAAUAAAACUAGUUUGAUCAAAUCUAUAAAAAUAAAACUGCAUAUUUUAUCAAACGUUUGUGUUAGAAAGCAUUAGAUUCAAAAUAAUGCCUGCAAUGAAUUUUAUUUCUAAAACAAUAGAAAAUAUGUUUAUGAAACCAAAUCAGCAGAAAUUGUUUUAAAGUAUUUUUUAAACUUUAUUUAAUGUAAUUAAUAAGUUUUUAAAUCUUUUUUUGUGUAAGAAUAGGAUUUGGGUAUUUAAACGAAAAAAUUGUAAAUUUUAUGAGGAUUUAUCAUAUUUAAAUUUUUCAGAGAAAUAUCGAGCAAAUUUUAUUUAUGAAGAAAAAACAGAAAUAAUUCAUCUACUUAAUGAUAAUUUAAUUUAAAGCAAUUUUGAAUAUUUCAAAUGAUACGACAAACCUUAUGAUAAAUAAUUUUUUGCUGCCUCAAUUUAGUAUUAUGUUUAAAAGUGUGAAUAAAAUUUGUUCAUUAUUUGAAAAACUCAAAAAUUUCUGAAAAAGUCGUUCAACUAAAAAACUUGUUAAUCAUUCUUCAGAUUUUUUUAAAUUUUUUUUUAUUUAAAAUGAAAUUUGUCUAAGAGUCAAAAAGUAAGACCUUAACAGAAAGAAAAUAAUUAAGUUCUGUUUUUUAUACUUGAAGGAAAAAUUACAUAAAAUGCAAAAGUUAUUCUAACUUUAAGGCAAAAAAUAAAUAAGUAAAAACUGGUUAAUUAAUAAAGUAAUAACUGUUUACCAUUUAACCAGAUUUAAAACUUGACAAACAAUGCUUACGUUUUUUGGGAAGAAGUGCCGUAGAGGCGUUUUUAUCCCUAAUUGGAUACCGUUCGAUUUAAUUUCAGCCAUGAAAAAUCUAUUGUCAUGAGUUUACUAUUUAUAAUGUAUUACGACUUUAUCAAGCCCAGGUCAUCGUCAUCUUCAACAAGAAAACCGCGAAAAAAUCUGUAGCUGAACAUUAUCAAAAGCUUUAAAUACUAAAAAAAUGUAGUUAUUGUUUUUAAUUUUGAUUGGAAACUAUAUUUGGUGAAAUAUUUUUACCAAAAAUUAUAACAUUUAAUAUUUUGUUAGGGAAUGUACUUGUAAAGUCAGGCAGGUUCGGAUUUAUUUUUAAUCUUUCGUAACUUAAUCGUCCGUAAUUAAUGAUGAUGUUUUUUUAUUAUUAUUUUUUACUCAAAUACAAAUACUAUUUAUAUACUUAUUAUUUUUAACUCAAAUAAAUAAAAUUUUAUUGCUUUCUCAAUCAUUUAAAAGUAAUUGCUAUUUAAGUCAGAUUGUAAUAAGUGCAUAUUAUAAAAAUUAAAAAUUCAAACAUAUGUUUUUGCAGCGAACGUAUAUUUAUAUAGUUUUUAUUUACUCUCUUAAAAGAUUUAAUUGUUUUAUUUUGAAACUUGCAGUAGGGUACAAGAUUACACAUUCAUAAAAGGUUUUGAAAUAAUAAUUUAACUUCCGUUAUAUGGUACUUCAUUAAAUCUUUCUUUUUAAUCAAGCAUAACUGGUUUACGCAAAAGCGGACUAGAUGACUCUACAGAGAAGGAUUGAAAUUCAUCAAAUAUAUUAUUAAAAAUGUUUCCUCGAUAAUUAAGUCUGUGUUAAAAUAAAUUAUGAGAUGUUAGUUGAUUUGUCUUACUCCUUAUUUGACUUUUGAAAAGGCUCUAACAUAAAUAUCUUGUUAAAGAGAUUGUUCGAGAAAUUUCAAUACAUAAAUGUUAUUUAUUUACCGAUUAGCAAUCAGCAGUUCAUUUUGGUGAAAUGCAUUGACUUGAGCCCCCUCUUGUAUAUAUGUAAGCAUCAUACAAAUAUAUUUUGUGGAAUUUAAAAAUUGAAGAAUACAACUUAUAUUAAUGUCAACUUAAGAUGAAAAUAAAGUGUUGAAAACUUGA